CUGAUCAUGCGUGACGGAUGACCACUGUAGGAAAUCCAUCAACUUGUUUUUUAUCCCCUCCAGAUAGCUGUAAUCUGUUGUCUUUACGAUAGUUAUUUUUCUAUUUAUUGUUUUCACCAUUCGGUGUGUUUGGAUCGGAUAAUGGGAAAUUGCACGAAGUUUGAAAACAAAUCAGAUCACACAUGUAGACUGGUGGACUGUGAUGGCGAAGUUUCCCAAUGGACAACGGACGACCUUAAACAGUACUGUAUCCUGAAGGACGCCGCGCACAUCUCCUGUCUAGACGUGACGUUAUUGUAUCGCGUCAUCACGUGCAACGUACCCGGAUCAUACGGGUACUCCAACGACAUUCUUCCGGCGGCCAUCUGGGUGCGCAAUGACUGCUACGCGCAGUUCAAAGUCUGCUACACAACAGGUGAACUGAAGACUUUGAGUAGUGAACUAAACAACCCAUGGUUCAAUGUUCUUUUCGACAACAAGAACACCACAAGUAACUUGUACGGAAACAUCACACAGACCGGAGCAUUACCGUACAAAAAAUUCACAAAACUUCGAUAUUCUAACGAUUUUCCCAUCAUUCCCAAACCACCAAGACAAAAGCCCUGGGGACAUUUCCCCAGGCGACAACAAUCAAGUGCUGAAGAGUCAGAGGACGCCCCGACAGAAAAAGUGUUUACGUCACCGGAAACAACAACACAGGGAAAACCAAUCUCAGAGACCUCAACGAUUCCGGAGAAGACAAACACCUGGUCAAGAAAGAGCACAACUUUUAAACCACCUCACUCAUCAUCUACGAAUCCUUCCACCGCAAGUUCAAGUCCGAGCUCUACCCCAAACGACUUCCUGCAUGAAAACAAUCUAUACUUCUCGAAUAGUGGAGUGAUACGAGCAGGAGCAGACGACAUUGGUGUUGAUGUUCGGGGAACCACCACACACCACGAUGUUAAAAAUACCACUGAGGACAGAUCUGAAGAGAGCACUCCUUUAGGGAGUUUCCCUCUGCUUGAAGCUGACCAACUCCUGCUAGGGGCUGUUUUUGGAAUUUUAUUUCUAUUGUUAGUGCUUGCCGGAUUGAUCUUAUAUAAAUGUAGACACAAGGUCAAAGGGUGUGUUAACGGUAGGAAAGAAUCCCGCGAUCACAGAGGAGUCACUGUAGAUAAGGACAUAUCUUACAUCAGUGGACCAAGUCUAGCACAGUUUGUGGGACCAGGAUUUCAUUAUGGCAACACAAUAGAUCCUGGUCCGAGCCAUCCCGAGCACGACUUACCAAUAGACAACCAGUACUUCAUACUACAACCAGAAAACCAAUCGAACACGCCCCGCCAUCCUUGGGAGUACAGUUCGAACACUCGACUCGACGAUUGCGACGACGAGCCACAUAAGUAUUUCGUCCUCGAAAACUUCCCCGCUAAUCUGGUCUUUCUCAGAGACAAGGACGAUUAUGACAAUAUCUCCCCGCACCCCUGUGGGGGUGAGGCAGCCACACAAGGCCAUCAGUCACGUGACGUGGAGGACGAGGACCAGAGAAUCGUCGGUUACAGUCGAAUAGGCGAUACAAAUAGACACAACCACCAUCAUAGGAUCUCUCAAGUCUGACCAUAAUGGGGUCAUAGAAACGUUUGUGAUAAUUAGUGCCAAAACAUUGACUAAUGACUGAUGCAGUCCGACCCUGAUCAUUUGAUCUUCUGGUGUGAGGUGGUGCAGUAUACCAGACUAUGAUGCACAUUACGUUCAUUAGUUCAUAUCAACUCUUGUGUGAAGCUAUUUAUAUAUUGUGCUUUAAUUUAUUUCAAUUAAUAUCAAGGAUGUAGAAGGAAUUUUUUACCAAAAAAUAAACUGAUUUUUUUUAUUUUAAAAUUAGAUUGUUCAC